GGUUAUUUGCCGAUUCUACCUCGCUUCGAAGUUUGAUGAGAAUUGUUGUUCCUGAUGGAGCUGGAGGACCAGUGGUGGAAAGGACAAGUCGCUACAGAUAUCCACCAGGCUCUCCGCAAUAAGGAGCUGAAACUACUUCCCUACAAGUGUCGGUCCCCUCAGCUGAAUGUCAGACGAUAUUUUGCAGAUCUUCUUGCAAUCAUCAGCAAUCGUUUUCGUCUUUGCCCCACUGCUCGUCACCUGGCUGUUUAUCUUCUAGACUUGUUCAUGGACUGCUAUGAUAUUUCCGUGCAGCAGUUGCAUCUGGUAGCACUCUCCUGUUUACUUUUAGCAAGCAAGUUUGAGGAAAAAGAGGAUCGCGUACCCAAACUUGAGCAACUCAACAGCCUCAGUUGUAUAACCAGUGUGAACUUGGUGUUAAACAAACAGACCUUGUUGCAUAUGGAGCUACAGUUACUGGAAUCCUUUCAGUGGAAUCUCUGCCUACCAACUGCUGCCCACUUCAUCGAUUACUACCUCUCCAUUGCUGUCCACGAAACUGAUCUUCAUGAUGGAUGGCCUAUGCUUUACUUUGAGAAGACCAAGUUAUACACUGAAAAGUACUCUGGCUACUUUCUAGAAGUGUCUUUACAGGAUCAUGGCUUUCUAAGUUAUUUCCCUUCAGUAGUUGCUGCUGCUUGCAUAGCAGCAUCUCGUGCUGUUCUCAGGCUCUCUCCUUUAUGGCCAGUCCGGCUGCAUCAUCUUACAGCUUACACAUGGGAAACGCUGUUACCUUGUGUUGAGCAUCUGUUAAUUGCUCAUGACAAUGAUGUAAAAGAAGCCAGUAAACAGAAAGAUGAUCAAUCAGUUUUGGAAAUUGGACAGGCAACUUUAUCAACUCACUCCAUAGUUUCCCCAGAAACCCGGAAUGAGCUGCAUGCUCCAUCGUACUUGCACCCAAACCUGCUGCAGUAUUCCCAUCAACAGCCAUUGCAACUGAAUUGCCAAGGUACCUUUCCAACUGGGCAGAUAUCAAGAUGCACAGUGCCAUCACAUCCUUCAAAUAUCCAGGCUAAUCCUCCAUCUCAUGGACACAUGCAAACUAAUGCUGCAGUACCCUUAGCUACAAAUGUAGAAGUUAAAUCUUCUAUUAAUAUUCCUUGUAAUCAGGUCUAUAAAAUUAAUGGUCACUUUAACCUGAAUAGUAACAUCCAUUAAAAGCUAACUGCAAUAAUCCAAUCCUGUUAUUAAAAUACAAUACAAAAUGUGAGAUCAAUUUUAUUAACGUAAUUAUAAUUUGGAAAAGCACUUAUUUUCUACAUGUCAAUUAAAGAAACAAUUGCUUAUUUUGUUGACAUUGGGAUUAUUGAGCACGAAUAGUCACAAAAUUAACUAAAUUUGUGUUUAGAGAUAUAUUUCAUUAAAAUAGAACUUCCGUUUAAUCUGGCAGUCAGUUGAAGUGAGAUGGUGAAAGGCUGACAGAUCAACAAGGCAGGAUGCUAAUUUGGAAGGCUUG